AUGUUUGCAGUUGGGAUGAGAAAUUUUUUUUUAGAGAAAGACUCACUCAUGGGAGGCUUCGGGGGUUAUCUGAAGUUCCUGACGGUUGUCUCCACAAUUUUUGGAGGGAUUCUAUACUAUGUCCCUAUAUCACGUUCAUACUUUCGCAAGGGUUGUCAUAUUCUCAUUGAUCUCGUGGCCCUCUCCUUGAAAUCAGUCCUGAAUUCUUUCGAAGCUGAAUCUGAGGGGGUGAAUCAGGCACGAGUGACAUUCCCCAAUGAUCUGAGCCAUCGGGAAGGCACGAGAGGCUCCAAGGAAGAGAGACGCCAGAGGAGACAAGAAAUUCGAAUGAGAACUCGAGGUAACGACGUUAAGGAGAGGAGUCAAGAGUUGUCAACGGUGCAGUUAUAUCCCGGUCGAGGUCUACAGCUCCAGAAGUACUUGAGGGGCUCUCAUAGUCAAUUCGGAGAAAGUGAAAUCUAUAUGUUGAAGGAACCAAGAAAUGGCAACUCUGUAGACGGCACAUGGAGCAAGUCCACCGUAAGAAGGAGAGAUGAUGAUGCUUUGUAUUCCGAGACCGAUGAUGCGAGGACUCUAAAUAGUAGAGCUGAUGAAAUAAAUCAAUUAAAAAAGAGAAAAAGUAGAAGAACUCGACGAGACGAGACAGAGGUCCAGAAACUCGAGGAGAAACUUCGAAAAUUACGGAGGAGAAUUCGCUCGAUAGCGACAGUUCCUGAUAAAAAUUUUCAACAGCAAAAGGAGAGUGAAGCUCUCGCGAUAAUAGAAGAGCUCUUAACGAACAGUGAUUAUAAGAUCGAGAUAAAGCAGCUAAAGAAAAAUCUCAUAAGGAACAGGCCUGACGAGGAUAAGCGGGCCGACGACGUUAUCAGCGAGGGGACAAGUCCCUCGGAGAGGAAAUCUCGCGGGUCGUCAAGGCAGAGAUCCCCAAGAAUCGUGGACUUACCCAAGGCUGGGGUUGAAGACCUCUACGAGGACGUGGUAGCUCGACCCGCUCUGGUGAAUGACAGGGUAACACCAAUGAUGAAGAACGCGCUUCACUGGAUUUUUGGAGGAUGUCCAGGGUCUCAUUAA